AUGGCAGGCCACAGGCCAUCAGACUUGUACCCCCAGCCUAGAAGCAGCGGAGGCGAGCCUGGGGUCCCAGUUCUGGCGCCGAUUGAGUCUCCAAUCUGGUUCAGCCAGCCGGCAGUUCCUGGCAAAAUGAUGAUCCGGCCUGGGUUCAUGCCAGGGGUUUUCUGGGCUCCUGAGAUGUGGGGGUUGCCCCUGGGCCCUCCAGUGUACGAGUUUCAGGGACAGAUGGGGCCUUGCGGUCCCCUGGUCGGAGCUGGGGAGGUCGGAGCCAGGUUCCAGAGCCUCCCCAAGGGCACCUUCCCCAGACAGUGCAUCUUUGUGAAGUGCAGCCCCCAGUUGGGUCUGCCCGAGGACAUCACUGGUCUAGAAAAAGAGAUGGAGGAGCUGGCCAGGGAACUGAGAGAGAAGAGAAUGACCCUGGGUUAUUCACAGGCAGACGUGGGGUUUGCCGUGGGUGCCCUUUUUGGAAAGGUGCUUAGCCAGACCACCAUCUGCCGCUUCGAGGCCCAGCAGCUCAGUCUCGCCAACAUGUGGAAACUGCGGCCCCUCCUGAAAAUGUGGCUGCAAGAGGUGGACGCCGAGAACCUCCCAGGCUUAUGUCGAAUGGAGAUGAUCUUGCGGCAGGCUCGGAAGCAGAGACGGGAGAGCAGGGAGAGGCGCAUCGGGAACAGCCUGGAAAAACUCUUCCUGCAAUGCCCGACACCCACACCCGAGCAAAUCAGCAGCAUCGCGGGACAGCUUAAACUGCAGAAGGACUUGGUCCAAGGGUGGUUCUCCAAUCGGAGCAAGAUGGGUAUCUGGCAGGCCAAAGACGACUCCCUGCCAGAGGAAGUGAAGGCAACCAAUCUGCCUUUCCCAGGGGAACCUGUAUGUUUCCCCCUAGCUCCAGGCCUCCAUCCGGCUUCCUGCCCCUAUAGGGGGUCUUUUUUCACACCCUUGUACCCCUCAGUCCCCUUCCCUAUAGGAGCAAAUCUCUCUGCCCCAGCCCCUACUCUGGGUCUCCCCAGACUUUCACGUUAA